CUAGCUGUAGCUGGCUGCCAGGCGUACGCGCUCCCGAGUCUUCAGAACCCGCGGCCGCCAUCUACAGCGCUUAGGUUUCUCCUAGGCUUAUCUGCACCACUUGCUCACCACACACUCCGCCACUGUAAACCGCCAUCAUGGUAAAGCUCUCAAAGGCUGGUAAAAAUCAAGGUGACCUGAAGAAAAUGGCACCUCCCCCAAAGGAGGUAGAAGAAAGUGAUGAUGAGGAAAUGUCAGACGAUGAAGAAGACGACAGCAGUGGAGAAGAGGUUGUCAUCCCUCAGAAAAAAAAUAAGAAAGCUGUUAUGACUCCAGCAAAAAAAGUAAUGGUUUCUCCAACCAAAAAGGUGGCAAUUGCCACACCUGCCAAGAAGGCAGUUGUCGCCCCAGGGAAGAAAGCAGUGGCCACUCCUGCCAAGAAGACAGUGACUCCCGCCAAGGCAGUUGCAGUGUCUGGCAAGAAGGGAGCUGUACCAGGUAAAGCUGUUGUCGCUGCCCCAGGUAAAAAGGGCACUGCUGCCACAGCCAAGGGGGCAAAGAAUGGCAAAAAUGCCAAGAAGGAAGACAGUGAUGAGGAUGAGGAAGAUAACAGUGAGGAGGAAGAUGAGGAUGAAGAGGAUGAGGAUGAAGAGGAUGAGGAUGAAGAGGAUGAGGAUGAAGAUGAAGAAUUUGAGCCAAAAGUAAUGAAAGCAGUGGCUGCAGCCCCCGCCUCAGAGGAUGAAGAUGAGGAGGACGAGGAGGAUGAGGAGGACGAGGAGGAUGAGGAGGACGAGGAAGAUGAGGAGGACGACUCUGAGGAAGAAGCCAUGGAAACAACACCGGCCAAAGGGAAAAAAGCACCUGCAAAAGCUGCCCCUGUCAAAGCCGAGAGUGUGGCUGAGGAGGAGGAGGACGAGGAUGAGGAUGAAGACGAUGAGGAUGAAGAUGAUGAUGAGGAGGAGGAGGACGAAGAUGAGGAUGACGAGGAGGAGGAGGAAGAGCCUGUCAAAGAAGCACCUGGCAAACGAAAGAAGGAAAUGGCAAAACAGAAGGCAGCUCCUGAAGCCAAGAAAUCAAGAACGGAAGGCACAGAACCCACUACAGCGUUCAAUCUCUUCGUUGGAAAUCUGAAUUCUAACAAAUCUGCUCCUGAACUAAAAACUGGUAUUAGUGAAGCUUUUGCUAAAAAUGAUCUCACUACUGUGGAUGUCAGAAUUGGUACAAAUCGGGAGUUUGGCUAUGUAGACUUUGAAUCUGCUGAAGACCUGGAAAAGGCCUUGGAACUCACCGGUUUAAAAGUCUUUGGCAGUGAAAUUAAAUUAGAGAAGCUCAAAGGAAAAGACAGCAAGAAAGAUAGAGAUACAAGAACACUUUUGGCCAAAAAUCUCCCUUACAAAGUCACUCAGGGUGAAUUAAAAGAAGUGUUUGAAGAUGCCGUAGAGGUCAGACUAGUCAGCAAGGAUGGGAAGAGCAAAGGGAUUGCUUAUAUUGAAUUUAAGACAGAAGCUGAUGCAGAAACUUUUGAAGAAAAGCAGGGAACAGAGAUAGAUGGGAGAUCUGUUUCCCUCUACUACACUGGGGAGAAAGGUCAAAAUCAAGACUACAGAGGUGGCAAGAACAGCACCUGGAGUGGCGAAUCCAAAACUCUGUAUUUAAGCAACCUUUCGUACAGUGCAACAGAAGAAACUCUUCAGGAAGUAUUUGAGAAGGCAACUUUGAUCAAAGUGCCCCAGAACCAAAAUGGCAAAUCUAAAGGGUACGCCUUCAUAGAAUUUGCUUCAUUUGAAGAUGCGAAAGAAGCUUUGAACUCUUGCAAUAAAAGGGAAAUUGAGGGCAGAACGAUCAGACUGGAGCUGCAAGGACCUAGGGGGUCACCUAAUGCAAGAAGCCAGCCAUCUAAAACCUUGUUCGUCAAGGGUUUGUCUGAGGAAACAACUGAAGAGACCUUAAAGGAAUCAUUUGAUGGCUCCAUUGGAGCAAGGAUUGUCACCGACCGGGAAACUGGCUCCUCCAAGGGAUUUGGUUUUGUGGACUUCAAUACUGAGGAAGAUGCCAAGGCUGCCAAAGAGGCCAUGGAAGAUGGUGAAAUUGAUGGAAACAAAGUCACCUUGGACUGGGCCAAACCUAAGGGCAAAGGGGGCUUUGGGGGCCGUGGAGGUGGCCGAGGCGGCUUCAGGGGCUGGGGUGGCGGCAGAGGUGGCCGAGGUGGAUUCAGAGGCAGAGGUCGGGGAGGCUUUGGAGGGCGAGGUGACUUCCGAGGAGGACAGGGAGGAGGUAGAGACCACAAGCCACAAGGAAAGAAGACGAAGUUUGAAUAGUCCCUUCUGUCCCUGUCUAUACCUGUUUGUUGGAAAGAAAGGACUCUGGGGUUUUACUCUGUUACCUGUCAAUGACAGAGCCUUCUGAGGGCAUUCCAGGUGGUGUGCAUCCUGUGGUCUGCUUGGGAGUGUAGUGAUCACACUUCAGGAGAGGUGUACUUGACAUACCCUGUUGGUUUUGACUGGAGAUUCAUAAACUUUUUAAAAGAGA